GCUGCUUCGUGACUGGAAUGAAGCGCUGCUGUUGCAGAGCAGCCCCGCUGCUCGCGCUCCUCGGCAUCGCACGCGGCAGGCCUGUCGGUUCUAUGCGAGGAGGCGGUGGGACGUCCUUCCUCUCAAACAUGUGCCGACUCCGCGGCGGGCAGCACGGCGCCGCCGCGGGCGAGACGCAAAUCUUCGAGACGGUCGUCAGCAGUGAGGUGACGCGGGUGGCCACAUCGCCGUUCGAGGGGCAGAAGCCGGGCACGUCCGGGCUGCGCAAGAAGACGUCCGUCUUCCUCCAGCCGGGCUACCUCGAGAACUUCAUCCAGAGCCUCUUCGACUCGCUGCCCGAUGGCGAGCUACGUGGCGCCACACUCGUCGUCUCGGGCGACGGGCGGUACGGGAACGCGGCGGCGGUGCAGAUCAUCUGCAAGAUGGCGGCUGCGCACGGCGUCGCGCGUGUCUGGGUCGGGCGCGACGGGCUCCUCUCGACGCCCGCCGCCUCGUGCGUGAUCCGCGAGCGCGAGGGCGGCGUCGCGUGCGGCGGAGUGAUCCUCAGCGCGUCGCACAACCCGGGCGGGCCAGACGCAGACUUUGGCAUCAAGUACAAUGUGCGCAACGGCGGGCCGGCACUCGAGUCGCUGACGGAGGAGGUGUACGAGCGGUCAACGCAGAUCCGCGAGUACGCGAUUGUGGCGGGGCUGCCGGACGUGGACCUGUCGCUCGAGGGGCGGCACGUGUUUGUGGACGAGAAGGGCGGCGCCCCGCACUUUGAGGUGGAGGUGAUCGACCCUACCGAGGACUAUGUGGCGCUGAUGGCGUCUCUCUUCGACUUCGACGCGCUGCGCAGCCUGCUCCGCCGUCCCGACAUGAGCUUGGUCUUCGACGGCAUGCACGGCGUGGCCGGCCCGUAUGCGCGCGCGAUCUUCGGCGCGCUCGGCGCGCUUCUCAACUGCAUCCCGUCCGAGGACUUUGGCGGCGGCCACCCCGACCCCAACCUGACCUACGCCGCCGCCCUCGCCAAGCUCAUGGGCCUCACCGGCCAGCCUGCGGGCGGGGAGCCUCCGGUGCUCGGUGCUGCGGCCGACGGCGACGACCGACUGCAGCGCGGCCGCGACGCGGACCGAAACAUGAUUGUCGGCCGCCGCUUCUUCGUCACGCCCUCCGACUCGCUGGCGGUGAUUGCGGCCCACGCGCACGCGCUGCCUUGGCUCGCCCGGCAGGGCGGCUUGCGCGCUCUCGCCCGCUCGAUGCCGACAUCGGGCGGCCGGCCGAGGCUGGGCGAGGGGCGCGCCGUCGACCGCGUGGCGGAGGAGCUCGGGCUGCCCCUCUUCGAGACGCCGACCGGCUGGAAGUACUUUGGCAACCUAAUGGACUCGCACCUGCUCGGCGGCGCAGACCUCUCGCCCCUCCUCUGCGGCGAGGAGUCGUUUGGCACGGGCUCGUCCCACAUCCGCGAGAAGGACGGGCUGUGGGCGGUGCUCUGCUGGGCGUCGAUCCUGGCGCACCACAACGUUGACACGCCCGAGGGGCAGCUGGUCGGCGUCGAGGAGGUGGUGACCCAGCACUGGCGCCGCUUCGGCCGCAACUUUUACACGCGGUACGACUACGAGAACGUCGACGCGGCGGCGGCGGAGGAGAUCGUCGAGCGGCUCCGCGCGAUGGGCUCCUCCUUUCGAGGCGCGGGGUACGGCCCCUCGGAGCCGCAGCUGCUGCAGGACGGGUUCGCGCUCGCCACCAUCGACGAGUUCUCGUACCGCGACCCUGUGGACUCUUCGACCACGAGCCAGCAGGGCGUGCGGCUGCUCUUUGCCGACGGCUCGCGGAUAGUGCUGCGCCUCUCCGGCACGGGCUCAGUCGGGGCGACGGUGCGCAUCUACAUCGAGCGGUACCAGCCGCCCGGCGACGAAUACGCGCUGCUCGCCAACGCCACGGACGCGCUGCGGCCUCUGGUCGACCUCGCGCUGCACCUCUCGCAGGUGCGCGAGCUCACGGGCCGCGAGGCGCCAACCGUCAUCACCUAGAGGCUGCGGCUCUAGCCGCGAGACCGAGAGUCUCAUAGUGCAGAGAGCCUGCCUGCUGCUGCUCGCUGCUCCUGCUCCGCCUCCGGGGCGCGCGCGGGUGGCGCGGCAUGCACGCUCCCUGUCCCCGGCCCCGCCAUUUUUUUGAGUUGUAACCUGUAACCCGGGCGCAUGUUAGACUUAGAGAUGGCAUGUAACGUACGACGUCGAGGUGAGUUGCAUAUAUAUGCGCACUCAUCACACUCUCUCUGAUACAAACGAAAGGGUGUUGUGUGCAUCAACUCAUCAGAGUAUACCGUCCAAUAAAUAUCAGAGAUCCACAUGCGUGCGGGGGCACACCGCACGCGCGCUUGGACGAGUGCGGCGAGCGCAGAGAGGCGGCCCCAUGAGAGGCGUGGAGCAGCUAGGCGGCGGCUAGGGUGCGCGAGGCGUGCUCCGAAAGCCGCUCGCGUGAGGCCGCGCUCCCGCCCCUUCGGCUCAAGGCUUCAGUCGAGCCCGACCUUAUUCUUAUUCGGCGUGCCGGUGUAGCCCAGAGCGGAGCCGGGGAAGUCGUAGUCCUUGACGGUGCCAAAGGAGCGCGCCAUGCCGGACACGAUUUUCUCGAUCUCGCCCUGAUUCGCAGCCGGGUUCUGGGAGAGCGCCUGCAGUCGGCCGAGCAUGAGCAGCGCCUCGACUUGCUCCUUGGAGGUCUUGGUGCCCUCGCGCGACAAACGCUCAGCCUCAAUGGUGAGCUCCGCCACCAGGCUCUGCACCGUGUCCACCGAGCACUCCUCCUCGAGGCAGGCGGCAGCCAGCGAAGAUACGCCAGUCAUCAACGGGUGCGCCACCCGCACCGCGUGCGCCGGCGCAAACGCCGGGAUGCGCAGGCCAGUGGCCACCGCGGCGAGCAUUGCAAAGAUAAGCUUCAUGGACAUCACAGACA